AUGUCAAUGAUGCCUGUAGAGUAUCCAACCCAAAGAAAUGUAUCUGAAUUGGUAAUACUUAGUGAUAUGACCUAAUCUUUAAGAGGUUAGUAUUCAAAGUGUUUCAAAAGUUAUAUAUUUUCUCCUAAUAGAGUUACAUCAUAAAUUGCAAAUCCACAUAGCUGUAGAUUGAGAGCAACCAUAUUUUUCGAAUUAGAAUUAAAGAGAGCUAUAUUGAAUGUAGAACCAUUACUACAUAGUUAAUUACCAUCGAUAAUUGCUGUAGGAAAGGGUUCAAAGAUUGGAAUAUUUAAAUCAUAAAGGCGCUAAUCAUAGCAAAAAAUAAAUGGUGUAAAUACAAAUAAAUAUUUUGCUAUUAUUAUUUACAACUUUUUUGCUAAUUAAUUAAAAAUGAAGUCCAUUUACUAUUUUGUUUUCUUGUUUUAAAUGUUAGUUUGUUUGUUUGUAUGA